CAACAGGUUGAGACACAAGCUGUUUUGGUCAGAAGUCAGGACUUGUGGGUGUUGUUAGCGUAGACUGACCAGAGUCCGCUAAUAUCCUUCAAUAUUUAGUGUUACAGACACCUGCUCCAAGUGAUACACCAUGACAGAAGUGUUCCAGUUCGGCCUCGUGCCCAUCACUUGUCAUGCCUGGAAUAAGGACCGCAGCCAAGUGGCAUUGAGUCUCAACAACAAUGAAGUGAAUAUAUAUGGCAGAGCUGCAUCAGAGUGGAAGCUUCAGGAAACACUCCAGGGUCAUGAUCUGCGUGUCACAGGCAUUGACUGGGCUCCCAGCACCAAUCGCAUUGUUACAUGUGGAGCAGAUCGGAAUGCUUAUGUGUGGACUUGUGCAAUGGAUGGGAAGUGGAGUCCAACUCUUGUGCUGCUGCGCAUCAACCGUGCUGCCACGUGUGUCAAGUGGUCCCCUAAUGAAAACAAGUUUGCUGUAGGGUCAGGAGCACGUCUGAUAUCUGUGUGUUACUUCGAGCAGGAGAACAACUGGUGGGUGUCUAAGCACAUCAAGAAGCCCAUUAGGUCCACCAUCACCACCUUGGACUGGCACCCCAAUAACAUACUUCUGGCUGCAGGAGCUGCAGACUUCAAGGUUCGCAUAUUUUCGGCUUGGAUUAAAGACAUUGAGCCAAAACCAACUCCAACUCCCUGGGGGGCGAAGAUGCCUCUUGGCCAACUUAUGACGGAGUUCUCUAAUUCCACUGGAGGAGGGGGCUGGGUGCACAGUGUGAGUUUCUCUGGAGAUGGUAACCGUGUGUGUUGGGUGGGCCAUGACUCCAGUCUCACUGUGGCCGAUGCUGGGAAGGAAAUGGCCAAAACCCAGUUGAAAACGGAGUAUCUACCUUUUACUGCUGUAACCUGGGUCUCACUAAAAUCACUGGUGGCAGUGGGCCAUGGGUGCUGUCCAAUGUUAUACUCUGUGGAUGAUACUGGCAAGUUGACCUUUGUAACCAAGCUGGAUGUGGCACAGAAGAAAGAAACAGGCAGUCUAAGAGAAGUGAAUCCCAUUGAAAGUGCCAUGAAAAAGUUCCAGUCCCUUGAUCGUACUGCUCGCUCAGACCAGUCAGACACUACUCUUGCUACCAUUCACCAGAACACCAUCACUGGUGCUGCUAUAUAUUCUGGUGACAAGUCUGGCUGUAGUGCCAUUUCAACAUGUGGAGCUGACUCACAGCUGGUUAUAUGGAACUUUAAGUCGUUGGAGCAGUCUGUAGCAGAUCUCCGUUUGAGUUAAGUUGAAUCUUUCAUGUGCCAUACUUAAGAUGACAUUCAUCAAUCUUUUUUGUAUGUGUGGUUAGAAUAUUUGUGAUACAGAGCAGGAACAAUGGUACACAAAGUUUAAUGGCUGAAUGUUAGCACUUUGUAAUAAACCUCCUCAUUCACUGUGUUGAGUUUUCUUAAAAAAAAUUCAAUAUUGCUUUUACAGCUCACUGUUGAACAGUUAUUCAUGGUUAUAUUUGUUUUGUUGACAGUAUAAUAUUAAUUAUUCUGAUAAACUUCCUCUGGAGAGCUGGUUAUGUGUGAUUACCAGUGAUUGAAUUAAUUAUAUAAAAUGAUUAUUAUUGCUAAGAUUAGCUACAAAGUUUAUCGAGGCAUUCCAAAACAAUAAAAUACAAAAAAAAAGAGGAAA